CUCAAACACUGCGCCACCAGGGAAGCCCUAAAUGUGAAUCUUGAGUGGAUCCUGGACCUCCCCCUUCCAACAAUAAAGAAAAAAAACCCCAUAAAACUAUAACACUUAAAUAUGCACUGCAUAUUAGAUGAUAGUACUGUACUAAAUGUUAAGUAUCUGAGUGGAUUAUUGUACUGUGGUUUGUAGGAGAAUGUCCUUGUGAAGAGCCAGAUGCUGAAAUAUUUAGAGGUGAAAUGUCACUUCUCAAGUAAUACUCGGGCAAAUUGUGCAAAGAAAAUUCUGUACCUGGCUGAAGAAUUUUGUAUCAACAUCUAGUCAACGCUGUCCACAGACUGGAGAGAACAGUUUCCCCCUGUGUAGCUGAGAAGCAGUCAGCAGGAACCUCGCCUCCCUGGGCGAGGAGCUUUCAGGCGGCCGCAGCACGACGAGGAGCGAAAGACGAGGCUGUGAUCCCACCUUCACUUAGAAGCACACGCAUACACACUUUACGGCAGUCACGCGAAAGCACGAGGGCGAGGCUGCGCCUCACGUUCCCAAAGACAGGCACGACAGCUGUACGUGCCAUCUAGUGCACUUUACGGCAGAAACGUGAAGGCACGAGGCCGAGGCCGCGCCUCCGCCCCCAAAGCUACGCAGGACAGCGGCACGUGCUGUCUAGCGCGCUUUACGGCCGCCGCACGAAGGCGGAGGUUCCGGGCCGACGCAAGGUAAUCAACGGUUCCGGGCUCUGCGCUCCACCUCGUUGUCGGUAGGCUGUUCAUCCGUUGGCGCUCCCACGGCUCGGCGAUCAUGGCGGCGGUGGCGGCACUGUGGCGGAGGGCGGUGGAGAUCGUGAAGACCAAGGAGUUCCGGGAUUACGUGACCAGCACGCACUUCUGGGGUCCAGUGGCCAACUGGGGCAUCCCGCUGGCUGCCGUCAAGGACAUGUGGGCGCCGCCGGACAUCAUCAGCGGCCGCGUGACGACGGCGUUCAUCUUAUACUCGAUGGUCUUCAUGCGCUUCGCCUACCUCGUACGGCCUCGCAGCUUGCUGCUGAUAGCGUGUCACAGCACCAACGUGGUGGCGCAUGUGAAGGGGGGCCGCUAUCUGAUCUACCACUACGGCGGCGCCACGGCGGCCACAGCCGUUGCUGCCUCUGUCGCCUCUCCCGGCUCUACCACCGCUACCCCCACUACCCCCCCCCCGCAGCUGAAGACCCUGUGA